AUGAGUCUAUUCCCAUUCCCAGCGCGCGGCGGCAGCAUCGAUGUUCCACCACCAGUGCCACCGAAGCACGUUGCUGCCUGCGUAGUUACUACAAAGGCUCCAAAACACAAGAAAUCCUCUGCCUCCCUCUCCAAAGGGUCACUGGAAAGCCUCGUCAAUCUCUACACAUCCCGCAAUGCCUCACCUACCAAGCAGCUUUCUCUUGAUACCACUGUAGUCCCCGCCGCCGCCUCCCCACCCAGCUCCCCCGACACCCCAAAAACCUCCACGCUUACCCGUGCCAAAGGUGUCUUCGUCUCCCGCCGCAAAGGCAGCAGCUCUUCUGAUCUCGACACCCUAACUACCGUCCAAGAGAAUUGCAUGGACUCCCCUACCAUCCCCGGUCGCCCCGCGCUGCCACCCAGCUGGCGCAAUGCCUCCCAACCCUUUUCUACGCCCCCCUUAGCUUCGACCUCGACUUCCGUCUCGCCCACAGAGCGGCCCAUAUCACCCUUCUGCCUCCCUGACACAACUUGGCCCGAUACACCCUGGCCCGGUGUCAACCUCGCCUCAAAAAACAUCAGCAACAAGCUUCAGGAGUACUAUGACUCUCCGCCACCGCCACUACAACCACCAGCAGUACCGCCAAAAGCAGCGUUGCAGAGAUCGCCAGCUUUCCUCGAUCGAGAAAAGCCCGCCAUUGAGAAGACGGUGACCUUCGAACGUGAGCGGCCCGCAGAUGUCCGCGCGGUCGUGAAAUACAUGGAGCGUCCACUCUCACCACCGCUCACUCGCCCGCGUGCGGACUCGGCACCCACACUCACAACCACAAGGCGCCGCCGCAAGAAAAAUAGUUUCUCUGGACCCUUGCCUCAAGGGGUGCGGCCAGCGAAGGCUCCCACACACUAUACGUAUAGCCAGCUACAAUCGCUACAGCUCACAGCACGGCAGCGGAGCGAGGCAUUUGGAGUGCUAGGGACUCGAGAUGUGGAAGUGCUUAGUCGUGAGCUGGGUGGGCUGGAGACGCGGUGUCAGUAUUUAAGAGAGACACAUCGGAGCCUGCGCAGUGGAAGAAAGGCCCUGCAAAAGAGGAUGUUGGGAUAUUUGAGAAGUGCAGCGAGUGAGGGGGUGAAGAGGGAGUGUCUGCUGAGGCAAGAGGAGGCAUUGGCGGAGUUAGAUGUAGCAAUUGAGGACUGGGAGGAUAAGCUAGAAAAGGCUGAAGAAAGGAGGGCGCUGGUGAAGGAGAAGCUACUGGAACAUAUGGCGGCUGCGCUGUGUGUGGGGAGUUGUGGGUGCUCGCCACUAGAAAAAGGAAUGGCGACACCGCCUGCGACCCCGGAAAGAAGGAAGAGGAGUGAUAAAGAAUAUCAUAUGGAGAAGAUAUAUACCUUAAGAAUAUUGCCUUGUUAG